AUGUCUGCAGUGGCCUAUGCGAGUGCCAGUGGUGUUUCAAAUCAGUCUGUUAGUAACAAUACAACGUCAGUACAUCCGUAUUUAAGUUCUCCGAUCUAUGCUUCAUCAAUAACAAAUUCUCACCAUAAUUAUUAUUCACAACAACAACAACCAUCGUUGCCAUUUUAUCCGACUCCAGCUGAUUAUUCAUCGUCUACAUCUUCUGUAUCGUCAACAACAUCGUCCAUCGAUUUACAAAGAAAAUAUAACAAAAAGCAUCAACAACAACAAAUUAGCGAAAAUCAACCGAAAAUUGCUAUGAAACGAAAAUCAACAGUUCCAUUAUAUGAUGAAGACGAUGAUGACCUUCUUGAUAAUAAUUGUUGUCUCGAUAUGCCGGCACUCACUCGUCGUUCAACAACAAUUACUGGUGGAACGAGCGGGAGUAUGAGCGGUAUUGGUGGAGGAGGAGAAGAAGAUAAAGAAAAACAAGCUCGUGAGAACCAUUGUGAAAUUGAAAGACGUCGACGAGUUAAAAUGGCUACAUAUUUUGCUGAAUUAUGCGACAUGGUACCGUCAUGUUCUAAUUUAGCACGUAAACCGGAUAAAUUAACAAUUCUAAGAAUGGCCGCACAGUUUAUGAAAUCAUUACGUACUGGUUCGGCAAAUCCAGUUCAUCCUCAACAUCAUCUAAAUAACGGACAACAACAUGACUUACAUAAACCAUCAUUUUUAAAUGAUCAAGAAUUAAAAUAUUUAAUGAUUGAAUCAUGUGACGCGUUUUUAUUUGCACUGCAUUGUGACAAUGCACGUAUUAUCUAUGUUAGUGAUGCAAUACAACAUAUUUUAUCGUAUACAUGUCAAGAAUGGUAUACACGUCUGUUUUAUGAUUUUAUUCAUCCAGAUGAUAUUGAAAAAGUACGAGAACAGUUAAAUUUACAACAACAAAACGAUACAACAAAUGGAAAUUCCAAUGGUGGUGGAAGAGUAUUAGAUUUGAAAACGGGCACAGUUAAAAAAGAUGGGCAUUCAACUGGAGCACGAUUAGUUAGUUGCAAGCGUUCAUUUAUCUGUCGUCUUCGCCUCAGUGGCAGUAAUUCACUCGAUCCCCAUCAAACGUCUUACAUCAAUCCAUGCGUAUUACGACGUCGCCACCGUUCAUCACUGGGACCAUCACAAGAUGGCCACUUAUAUGAAGUUGUUCAUGUUAGUGGUUACAUAAGAAAUUUAAAUAAUGAAAAUAAUCCAGUAUCAUCAUCUUCGACAUCAAGUGGAAAUUCUGGUUUUCCAGCUUUUGUAGCUAUCGCUCGUCUUCAGAACUCAUGUUCACCAAAUACCAAUGAUUUAAAUUCAACAAACAAUUCUAAUUUAUAUUCCGAAUUUACAUGCCGUUGUCAUCGUGAGACAGCUGAAAUAUUGUUUAUUGAUCAACGCUGUCAACAAAUAAUUGGUUAUAAACCUCAUGAAUUAUUACACAAAUGUAUAUUUGAAUUAAUACAUCCAGAUGAUCGUACAAAAAUACAAGAUUUAUUUAAACGAGCUAUUGCACUGAAAAAUGUUCCAACUCCCACAUCUGCAGCAACAUCAACAAUUUCAUGUCGAUUUCAGUUAUCAGCAGCAGUAAACAUUGUAGAUCCAUCGAACAGUGACUUUAUACUUUUGAAAUGUUCAACGUAUGCAUUUUGUAAUCCGUGCACGGAUGAAAUUGAGUUUGUUAUAUUUACUUUCAUAUCAGAUAAACCAUUAUUACCUUUGCCAACCACAACAACGACCUCGGCUAUCGCUACGUCUGUAAUUGCUAAUCCAUUAAAUAUUUUAUCAAAUGGUAGUAGUGGUGAACAGCAAACCUCAUUUUCGGCAACAAACUAUGAUUCAUAUUCAUCAACAGUUGGUAGAGGAGCAAUUGUUGUUAAUCCAGCACGGUGGACAACAACGACGCCUUCAUCUUCAGAUGGAUACAAUGAUGUAACUUACAAUAAUCGUACGUACGCAAGUAACAACGGUGGUGGAACAUGGGCAGAUACAACCAGUUGGACGAAUACAACACCCAGUGAUACAACAGAAUUGGAUAUGAUGCGUACACAUUAUGAGACACAAACGAAUGGAGGAACGAAUAAUGUUGUUGCUACAUCAAAUGCAGCUGAAUAUGAUGUAAAUGCAUUACCAAUGAUGUAUCAGCCGUAUGAACAGAUUUAA